AUGAGCCACCCGAAACAAGAGCGAGUCUUCUUCGGCGUCUGCACGCAGCACAGCGUCUUCAUAACUCUGUCAGUUCAGCCAUGUUUUAACAUUCAAUACCAGUUCGAGCUUGCGCAAACCAAAUUGUACAUUGUUUCACGGGCCGAGCGCGAGCGCUUUUUACAAAUUGAGCCGGCACAAAAUCGGGCAAGCAUACUGAGGCGCGUGCACGGAGAACAACGUCGCGCUGAGGCCGAGAUCUUGUCAAUGAACCUUGCGGCGAGAAUGGCGUCUACUCUCUCAUUGGACAGCGGGCAAUGGACACCUUCAGGUGCAUCAUCUCCAAGACAGCAGGAGACCAGUCAGGUGUCGCAGCCGUCUGUAAGCGCCUCGUCUGUCGAGGCUCGUCGAAAGGCUGUUGAGGCGGCGCUUAGGCGAUUGGGCCGCAGUUCUUAG